AUGAACCCUGGACUGCCCUUCCAGCGCUAUCCGCCACUCCUCGAAUAUCUCCGGGCAAUUAGAAAUGUCGUCUUCAGUCCGAUCACGCCAGAGACGGCGCGUAUCGUUCUCGUGCUGGGCAACCCAUCGGCCGAUCUGGACAGUUUUAUAUCCGCCAUCACCUACAGUUAUUUCCAGAAUCAUGUCAACAACCAACGAGCACGAGGAGCUAUCUUCGUCCCACUGUUGAACAUGCCUAAAACAAGGAAGGCAAACCAGGACGACGACAAGGCUUGUCUGAAGGAGGUCAUCACUAUCCGAGAUGUCUUGGACUCAGACGAUACCCGUUCGGACUUGAGACACGUGUUCCGUCCAGACCUGUCAGAGUCCUCCCUGGGUCCGAAAAUCCCUCUGGUCUUGGUCGACCACAAUGCUCCGGCUAUAUCUAUCCCCAAGAUCCCCUCCUCGUCUAUCCUCGCAAAUCUCGAUCUCAUUGGAUGUAUCGAUCACCACGUCGACGAGCACGUCAUCCCAGAGGGAUCAUCUCCUCGGAUAGUCACCACAGGGAUCGGCAGCUGCACAACCCUCGUGGUAUCCCAUCUCCGCCAGUCUGGCACGUGGCCGAAAGUGCUCGACUCGCCACAGUCUGCUGCUGUAGCAGAAGUCUGCCACCUUGCUCUAGCCCCUAUCCUAGUUGACACAAAGAAUCUCAAAGCAGGUGGCGAGAAAUGUUCCGAUCUCGACCGCGCGAUAGUGGCAGUUCUCCAAAAUGAAAUGAGCGGAACAGCAAUGAUGGGCAUAAAGUCCUCCUGGAAUCGAGAUGACUUCUACGAGCCGGUCUUUGCGGCCAAAGCUGCUUCUCUAGACUUGCUGACUGCGCAAGAAAUGUUUGAGCGCGACUACAAAUCAUGGACGGAAGGAGCAAUCGAGAUUGGAAUUUCCAGUCUCGUGAGACCCGUGUCGUGGCUUGUCGAGCACUUCAAGGGAGGGGCGGCGGAAUUAGCUGGCGAGAUUCAGAGGUUCGCUAAGCAAAUGCAGGACGAGCAAACGAGCGAUGGGGUGGGCUUUGAGGUCUUCGUCAUGCUGACGCCCGGACCCAAGGGCGGGAAGGGCAAGGAAGUCGUGAUGGUGACAUUCUCGGAUAGGGCGGCGAAGGUGAUAGAGGUAUUUGAGGAGAAGGCAGGGGAAUUGAAGCUGGAGGAUUGGGACGAUCGGUGUAGGGAGGACUUCAAGGCGGCUUUUGACAAGCAAUGCGGGCAGAUGAGGUACAAGGUAUGGUGGAUGACCAACCGUGAGAAAACGAGGAAGCAGGGAGCACCGCUUGUACGGGAGGCUGUGAGUGCUGUACAGCAGUAA